AGUGCUCUUAGGCUGUUAGCUAAAGCCAUUUUCAAACAAAAAAAAAAAAAAGGAAAGACCAAAGAGAGAAGGAAAAACAAAAAAGGGGCAGAGAAAGAGAUAGAAAGGAAAGAUACAGAGAAGCCUGUGAAACCAAAAGCUGAGAUAACAUAGUGCACAGCCAAAGAAAAACAAAAACCAAAAGCUCAAAUCCCAAUUAAAUUUUUUUAAAAAAAUCUCCGAAAAUUAUUUGUUUUGUUGGUAUCUUCUUAUCCUCUGUUUUAUAAUUUUUUUUUUGUCUUCUCAUCUGAUCUCUUUAGCUAUGGAUCCUUUUGAUUUGUUUCGCAAAGGUUUUGGGUAGAGUUUAGUGGAAAUCAAGGGUGUAUCCUCUGCAUCUGUUUCCUAUAUCUAUGUAGAAUCUUUUUUCAUUUAAGUAAAGAAUGAGCUUAUUAAAGAAAGGGACCCAAAUUAGUGACACCAAACUAAAUACCCCUAGCAAGGUAACAACUUUGAAUCCUAAUGCUGCAGAGUUUGUUCCCUUUUCCCUUAGGUCACCAGCUUCUUCCGGAAGCACUAGCGCAGCUGAUGCAGCAGCAAAAUUUGCUACUUCUGGGACCAUAGGAAAAGCAGUGCUUGAUCGGUCAGAGUCUUCUGUUUCCAAUAAUUCUGAUGAAGAGGCUCAUCAGUUCUGGCGUCGCCAGCUGCCUGAUGACAUUACCCCAGACUUUAAGGUUAUUAAUGAGGAUGAUUCUCAAGGAAUUGGGUCUGGGAGCCUCUCUUUAGCAGGUUUGUCCUUGCAUGAUGGUAGCGAAGCUUCAAGGUUUCCUGCUUCUGCUGGUAGUGGAUAUGCAUUUGGUGAUCAGCAGGAACUACUGCAGCAUUAUGGUAAUGGUAAUAACUAUGCUGAAAAAUUGAGAUAUCCUGUUUCGUCCUAUGGAGAGGAUCCUACUUCAGCUAGUUUUUCGCAUUUUCCAGCCAAACAUUGGGACAAACAACUUGUUAACAGUGAUCAGCUACUUGGCAAUGGGAGGGAGGGACAUCCAUAUGAUGGAAACUCUAGACAUGGAUUCGUCAAUGAUAUGUUAGGUGAGCACACAAUUAUCGAUGAUACUGAAAUGAACCCUGUGGAGUUUCUGGCGUCUCAAUUCCCUGGAUUUGCUGCUGAAAGCCUUGCUGAAGUUUAUUUUGCCAAUAGUUGUGACUUAAAUCUGACUAUUGAGAUGCUCACUCAGCUUGAGCUUCAAGUUGAUGGUGGUUUCAACCAGAAUCUGAAUUCAAAGACCUUGUCAGCUCCCAAUCUGAGCACACUAGACUUUCCUGCGCUUACUGUGUCAGAUGGUCAGAGUGGUCCUCCAAAAUAUGCAGGAGAUGAUCUUCAACACAGUGCCAAUCCUUAUCGAACUUCUGACAAGGAAAAUAUGCUUAUGUUCAAGUCCGGUUCUUCCCUUUCAUCUAGAGGUGCCAUAGAUUUUGCUUCAGCUGUCAGGAAAAUGGCAUCUCAAGAUUCCGGAAUAUGGAAGUACGAUAGAAAUGGUUCUGCCGAUUCAACUGUAGGCUCAAGUAGAAGUUCUCAUGCGUUGGCUAAUACCUACAGUGCUGCACCUGGAAGAGGGGUUCAUGCUAAUAGGUUGCAGACUCGUGGUUCAGCUCGAUCUGCUCCUGUUUGGCUUGAAACUGGAGAUGCAGUGGCAAAUUUGUACUCUGAACUGCGUGAAGAAGCUCGAGACCAUGCACGUUUACGUAAUGCAUACCUUGAACAGGCACAUCAAGCAUUUGUUAUUGGCAAUAAGGCUCUAGCAAAGGAACUUAGUGUGAAAGGGCAACUACAUAAUAUGCAUAUGAAGGCAGCUCAUGGAAAAGCUCAAGAGUCUAUAUAUCGCCAGAGGAACCCAGAGAAUGUCAGAGGGCAGGAGCGGAUGAUAGACCUGCAUGGGUUGCAUGUUAGUGAAGCCAUUCACAUGCUGAAGCAUGAACUGUCGGUGCUCAGGAGCACAGCACGGGCAGCAGAUCAGCGUCUGCAGGUUUACAUAUGUGUUGGAACUGGCCACCAUACUAGGGGCUCUCGUACUCCAGCAAGACUUCCAGUUGCUGUACAGCGAUAUCUCCUUGAAGAAGAGUGCCUUGACUAUACAGAACCACAGCCAGGGCUACUUCGAGUUGUGAUAUAUUGAAGCCAUGGACAUGACAGCGUGAGGUAUAGGAGUUUUUGACACAACAGAAAAACUCAAGAAGUCUUAGUCGUCAUAGUCAUUCUUGUAUCUGUACAUGGGAGGAAACGGAAGACAAAGUAGUUGAACUCUGAAAAAAAAAGGAUAAAAAAAUCGAAAAAAGAUUUGGAAAAAAAGGAAAGAGAAGCUAGGGGAAAGAGAAAAAGUGGGGAAAAAAGGAAUUAGAAGUGUAUCAUUAAUGUGUAGACAGAUGACAGCAGCAAUUGCAUUUUGGUAGCAUCGGGGGAUGGGGCUGACACCAGCCAGCAACUUCUUUUCUCCGUUUUGUUAAUUUUGUAUCUUAAUUUUUACUUUGUUAAAUUCCUUUUUGUUUUUCAUUUUGGGUUAUUUCUCAGAUUUAACUGAUAGAAUUGGAUUACAUGAUAGUACGAUUCAUCAA